AUGUUCUAAGUCUAAUACGAUGUAAUUUCAGAGUUCGAACAGGAUAGAAACAACAGUUUUUAGGAUGAGGAAUCCAAUAUCAACAUAUUCACUUAACAUUAACUUGGCUUAUUCAAAAAACCAAGUUACUUCGUUGAAAGUGAAGAGUUUAACCUAAAGAAUAAUUGUGAAUGUUCUACAGCUGAGUAGACUGAGUCGUCUGAACACUCUGACAACUCUUUUGAGGAUAUUCCAUCACCAAAAUUCCCUUCAAAGCAACUUCCUCCUCCAAUUAAUGCUGAUCAACAUUUGUUUAAUUUGGAGAUGAAUUACUAUCCAAGCAUCUCUCAGGAGAACUUUCUCUUGAAUUUCAUUAACUAAGAGGACCUCCAAAGAAUAAAAAUUGGUUUAGAUUAUAAGAUUUUGGAUGAUCCAUAAACUUUAAAAUUCGAAAAUUGGGUUUAAUAAUUGUGCAACACUAAAGCCAAUCAAAAAGAGAUGCAAAGGAAACUGAAAGUAAAGAAAUACUUGGAGAAAAAGCACAGCAGAACUAGUUUUGAGAAGAAAGUGCAUUAUCAGAUCAGAUAGAAGGUGGCAGAGGAGAGACUGAGAAUUAAGGGAAGAUUCGUCACUUGGAAACAGGCUAUUAAAAUGUUAGAGAAAUCGGAUACUAAGAGAGAGUGGACUAAUAGUGAUUACUUCAAAAUAAAGAUCUUGUUAAAUGAAAAGUACGGGCAAUGA